CAACACCUCGACUUCAGCGUUCUAUGGCCCAAACAUUCAGCCUUACCUGAAAUGUAUCGUGGCGCCGUGAACAUAAGGCGGCCGGGAGAAGAUGUUCAGUAAUGCCGGGGUUUCAGCGGCCUCUAACCUGUUUGAAUAAUCACUAAAUCCUUCGCGCGUCAUCGUACAGGAUGUCCUGACGCCAAGUCUCACAGAAUCGCUAAAAGACAAAUCAGAGCUUUAUGUGUUCAGCCCGUCUUAUUAAGUUUGGGAAUGACAGGGAUGAGACUGGGUGUGCGUUCGGGACGGGAUGUACAAACAGACCAGUCGAGGCUACCUCAACGAAUCGAGUACAGACGUGCAGCUAAUUUCAAUAGCGCCAAUACUCGUGUGCAUCUUCAGUCGUCUCUUGCUACGGUUCUCUCCAGGUCACUGCUAUCAUGCGCUCUGCCUCUCUUUGCGACCCUAGGUAAGGUUCUACCAUCAAUCCUAUGGGCGGCCUCGGGUCGUUAUCGGCCAUCGCGCUGCUCCAUCUCACUCUCUUCCUCCUUCUCGGCUUCAACUCGAAUUCCGUGGGCGCAACAUGCUUCUUCCCCGAUGGAACUACAGCAGACUCUGGCCACAAGGAGUGCAACCCAAAUUCUACCGACGCGACGACAUGCUGUGCCGAGGGCUUUCAGUGUCUCAGUAAUGGCCUUUGCAACGAUUAUCGUUAUCAAAACUGGACUCGAGUGCUGAGAGGAGCAUGCACACAACAAGAUUUCGGAGGGGGUUGCAACAAAGUGUGCACAGACUUUUGGCCACAAGGCGACGAAGCAGUCUGGUAUUGCGGUUCCGGCGCCUACUGCUGCUCGCGCGCCAACGAUUGUUGUCAGGAUAACAAUGUUCAGAAACACAUCCUAGCUGAACCCAGUGUUGUCGCAAUCGCGGGAAAGACAAGUCCAUCAACCACUCCGACACAUACCACCACGCCUCCCGCACAGAGCUCGAAUGCCGCCAGUUCAAGCAGUACGAGUGGAAGUAGCACAAAUACCCGCACGAUAGCUAUCGCUGUUGGAGUGGUCGCAGGCAUCCUGCUUUUGCUACUCGUAGGACUGUGGUUCAUCCGACGGAAACGGAAAGCCCGGAAAACGCAGCCUAUGUUGCACGAACUCUCCGCUGCCGAUGGAGCACCGCAUGUAAAUGACACCACCCAACCUUACACAUACGAUGACAAGCGUGGAGGGUGGGUCACAGGCGCGAAUGGAAAUAAAAACAAAAAGAAGGAGAAAGGCGCUCGGGGUAGGAACGUACUCUACGAGGUGCCAUCGGAUAGAGUGGUGGAGAUGCCAGCUGAGGCCGAGGUCAAGGAGAUAGACGGCAUGGGAUCGGGGGCUCGAGGUGGAGCUGGUAGAGGCGUCCACCAUGUCGGCGGAGCGGAAAUGCAGAGAAAUAGUCUGGUGGGGAACCGGCCGAGUCGGUUUGUCGAGGUUGAUAUGGCGAGCAAUAGUCGGGGAGACCCAACAUCUAGGGAGAGAUUGGAUAGGUAUCAGUGAUGAAGGCCAUUUCUAAUCUAUCAAGAUAUUUCAGAAUAUACAUUCCAUAAUGCCAAAUUCAUGUCUCAGU